UUUGUAACAUCAUGGCCUUCUCCGUGAUUAGUCGUGGCCUCCUGCGCACUUCCAGAGAGCUAUUGGAACGCAAUAUGGCUGUCGGUGCAAUUUCAAUGCUAAAUGGUCUUGUGGAUAUUGAAAUGCAACCCAGUCAUUCCGCACGCCCAAUUUCAACAUCCAGCCAAGCUUUAAUACGCCAAACGCCACAGUAUUUACAGACACCAGUACCACCGAACAGUACCGUUGCACCCAGCACUGGCAUCUAUAAUAAGAAAGUGAAAAAUCUAAAACGCCAGCAAGAGGAGGAAAGUGACAGUGAUUCGGAUUCAGAUGAUGAGUACGAGCGUAAACGUCAAGAUCUACACAAGAAAUAUAGUCAAAAGGGUGACACUGAAUUUUGGCGCCGCAAAAUGCGUACCCUUCACCGCAUCUUGGAUGUUAAUCGUGAUGGUGUUAUCUCUUUCGACGACUUCAAACUGUUGCAUAAACGCUUUACCGAUUUGGGUCAUUUGAAUGAAGAACUGUCGGCCGAAUUUCUCAAGGUUAUGGAAGAAACUUGGAUUGAACAGUUCGGUGAAAUCAGCCCCUACAACUUGGUGAAUGCUGAACAGUUUUUGACAGAUCUCCAUCAUCGUUUGAACGAUGAGAAAAUGUUCAAAUCGAUGGGCAGAUUUUUGCCAUAUUUGUUUAAGGCUGUGGAUUACGAUCAUUCCGGUUACUUGGAUCUGGAUCAAUAUAAAUUAUUCUUCCGCUGUUUGGGCCUCUCCAACGAGGAUGCCGCCAUUUCAUUUGCUGUGAUAGAUAGAAACGGCGAUGGCCAACUAUCGCUCAAAGAAUUCGUCCAUUUGGGCCGUCAAUUCUUCCUAACCGAAGACGAAACAAAGAUCUCGAAAAUGUUCUGGGGCCCAUUGAUAGAUCAUUGACUUAUUGAUUAUGCCCACGAGGCCAUCUUGGCCCUGUUGGCCCGUGGCAAAUGGUUGGAUGUGCAACGUUGUGCCACCAUUCUAACCUAUAUCUGUAUGAAUGCUGUCUAUGAUAAUAUUCGUGAUCAUUUCUAUUGGGAUGGCACCGGACAAAAUAGCGCCGAUGAUGAAGCCUAUUUUUUAAGAUUAUUUUUUUAUGUUAACUCCUUAAUAUUAUUGUCGAUAUCGUGGCGUAAACACAAACGUCAAGAAUUGAAACCCUUAAUUGUUAGUCAUAUAAGAAAAUAUAAUAGAUUACGUAAGAAAGCUAAAAAGAAAAGGAAGAAGAA